CCGCUUCUUGCCUCUCCUCUCUCGUCUCUCUACUUCUCAACUCCCUCUUCCCGAACUAGUCACAAAAAAGCAGCAAAAAGAGAGAGGUCGCUCAUCCACCUCCCUCCUUGUUUCUUCCGCCUUGUCCUAGAGAAACGAAAUCGUAAUCCUCUAGCCGCCGCCACUCUCUCUCGUCAUUUCUACUUCCCCUCUCCUAUUCAAGAAAACGAAGACCUAGAUAUUCUCUUCUCUCCAAACGCCGGCUCCUGCUCUUCCUCCUCUCUAGAAACGGCGCGGGAAAGAGAGAGAAACGACGACGGUGAUGGGGACGGCGAUGAACGACGCCGGUGACGACAAUGGAGGCGACAUCAAAGGUGCGUGGAGACCGCCGAUCCCGGGUUCCGCCGGCGGCGACAGAGACCAAGGAGGGCUCUGCGACGACUAGGUCGGAGUUCAAAGGUUGUUUUCGACGAACAAGGUUAUGAAAAUGGACGGAUCUAGGUUUGUUAUUUGGUUUGGGCUCAAAGAGAGGAGAAAAGGAGCCCAAUGACUUCAAUUGAUGAGUCGGCCCAGUUUGAAAUGGUGUCUCAAACUUCAAAUUUUGUUGUUGUUAGGAGUAACAGGCAAUCAUUGUAAUUAGUUUUAGUUCUUGAUUUGGUACGUCAUUACACAUACUUUGUACCAUGUGUUUAAUUUAACUAUAAAACUUUUGCCUCCACUUCAUCUACCACG